UUGCGACCUGACCCGCAGGGCUUUUAGAAAAGCCAAGGCACGUCAACGUGAGUGAGGCCGAGCUGAGCUGUGUGCUCCCCUCCUACAGUCGCCUUGUUAGUACUGGAAGACUGGAAUUACCCACCAAUAUUAAAAAAAGACAGUCACACUAUGCUGAAGCGUCACCCGGCUUCAGGAGAAGGAGACGCAGACCUGUCGCCCUGACAUCGACCUUUAUCACCGGAAACCCCGUUAGCUUUGGCGAGCUAACGUGAGCUAGCCAAGUUAGCUGUUACAUAUCCUUUUUUUUUUUUUCUCCACGAACUGACCUCCACCACAACACAGACGCGCUGAGUAUCAUCUGCUUGCUAGGUUUGGGGUCGUUUCACCCCCCUCCUCCUUCGUUUCUUCACGUCCUCUCCCUCUGCCUCCCCCCCACUCGUAUGGUGCCCCGUGGACGGUUCCCGAAUAUGAUCCAUAAUGAGUCAAAGAGACACCUUAGUUCAUCUGUUUGCUGGAGGAUGUGGGGGCACGGUCGGUGCCAUAUUGACCUGUCCACUGGAAGUCGUGAAAACCCGGCUGCAGUCGUCCACCAUCACCCUCUAUGUGUCUGAGGUGCAGCUCAGCACGGUCAACGGAGCCAGCGUGGCCCGCGUGGCCCCGCCGGGGCCCCUGCACUGCCUCAAGUUGAUAUUGGAGAAAGAAGGACCUCGCUCUCUCUUCAGGGGCUUGGGGCCAAACUUGGUGGGUGUGGCACCUUCCAGAGCGAUCUACUUUGCUGCUUACUCCACUGCCAAAGAGAAAAUGAACGGUGUGUUGGAACCCGACUCCACGCAGGUACACAUGGUGUCGGCUGGGAUGGCAGGUUUUACAGCCAUCACAGCAACUAAUCCAAUAUGGCUCAUAAAGACCCGUCUACAGCUAGACGCAAGGAAUCGAGGAGAGCGAAGGAUGAGUGCGUUUGAGUGUGUGCGGCGGGUGUAUCAGACAGACGGCCUGCGAGGCUUCUACAAGGGUAUGUCGGCAUCCUACGCCGGCAUCUCAGAGACUGUGAUCCACUUUGUGAUCUAUGAAAACAUCAAACGCCGCCUCUUGGAGGCCAAGACGCCACAGAACAUGGACGAGGAAGAGGAGACAUCCAAAGACGCUUCAGACUUUGUUGGGAUGAUGCUCGCUGCUGCCACCUCCAAGACUUGUGCCACAUCUAUCGCUUAUCCUCAUGAAGUGAUCCGCACCAGGCUACGCGAGGAGGGCACCAAGUAUAACUCCUUCUUCCAGACUCUAAGAACAGUGCCCAAAGAGGAGGGCUACCGCGCCCUGUACCGCGGCCUCACCACCCACCUGGUCCGACAGAUCCCCAACACCGCCAUCAUGAUGUGCACCUACGAGCUAGUGGUCUACCUCCUGAACGGUUAAAAGUCUUCCCCCACCAACUUCGACAUUAUGUGUAACCCUGCCCCCUGAAAAAAGAAAGAGAGCGACUGCACACCAGCUAGCGCAACAACCCGCUCGCCAGAGGAGGACAGAGGCAGCACGAUGACCUUUUGUCUCAGCGAGUGGUUGUUAGAAAUAAGUUGGCAGUUUUGUUUUUAUAACCACAUGGCACACGGAGGAGGACUGAAAAAGUUCCUCACGUUGGUUUUGGGAGAUCUUGGUGUAGCAGUGGCAAAGAAACAGUUGCCCUUAUUAUCAUUUUAAUCCCAUCCUUUUCUCCUUUUGGUUAUAUGAGUUGCCUCUGCAAGUUCCGAUUCAGAGUACUGAAGAAAGGACCUGAGUUACAGUAUAUUCUGCCUCUAACUAAUAAUGAAGUAAAGUACAGUAAUUUCAAUCUUUACUACCUUGUGGAUAUAAGAGCCCCUCCAGCAGUACUUUGUGGUCAUGCUGCAAAUCAGUUCUUAAAAUAUUUGACGAAUAGUAUCAUGCAGCAUUCCCUGCAUCCCAUUAGAGCGCCACUAGAGGGCCACAAGGCAAAGAUGGCAGAGUCAGUCGCGAGCCAAAGUAUCUGACGAGGGUUCUCGAGUUGGCGGGUAGAAGAAAUCAGGGCUUGAAUGUGGUUGAGUCGAGAACGAGGAUUGCAGGGUGGGGUGGGUGGGUUUGAAUGAGAUACGUGCCUUGUGUGAAAAUGUAGACCAAUGGCUGCGAGAGGUGGCGGAGCUCCAGUUGACCCGUCAGGACAAUGAAGGGUGUAGAAACGUAGAGUCGUACACUGGUACAGUGUAGCGAACCUUCUACACAUUGUAAACUCGCCAUAGACGCAACUCAGCUAAAGGUUAUCAGCAUUCCCAGAUACUGGUCGCAACAUCCUCGCAAUGCUAAGUGAAGUGUCCACAUAAUGACGUCGACCUCUGGCCCCGUACAUGUUUGUGUUAACCAUAUGUGGAAGAAGAGUUGUCGCUAAGGUUAGAUAAAAAGUCGGCAAACUAAACCAGAAUAUAGUCGGAACAUUUUACUACUGGAAUGUAAUAACUUCACUAAAGGCAAGGAAGUAAAACACUGACCCAUGCUGUGAAUUGAAAAUAAAUAUUAACAAAUUUUAACUAAUCGUAACAUUGAUAGAUAUAUUAAAACGUGAUUGUGUUGCAUUUCUCUGCCCAGUAAUGGCAAAAAUGCCAACGCAGUAGUGCGUUUUCUUUUAGAGGCGAGGGGUGAUUUUCCCGUUAGUUGUUAUGUGUUCGCAAACAACCAUGUUGUUCUUGUAGUACUUUGUUUUUUUUUUUUUUUCAAUGUCUCUCGGAUUUAGUCUUCUUUUCCUCAGUCGGAGAAUCCAGGCUAGUUUUACAGGCGAGGACAAUCCUCAAAGGAGUUUACUCUGGAAACUUGUACGGUUCAGUUGGUUUGGUGGAAAGCGGCCAGGAAUACGCCGUUCAUAAGUGCACAUUAACUAAAUACAGACCAGUAUAACAAAGAAAACGGUAAUUAUUUUUUGUUGAUUCCCUUCCAACAAACUAGUUGCACUUCAACCCUUUUUAAAAAAAAAUGAAACAGCUCUUUUGUUUGUCAGUGUUUCAUGUAGUCUCAGAUGUCUUGGAAUUGGAAAGGUACUUGCUCUCUGCUUGUUUUUGUUUGUUUGUUGGUUUGUUUAGCAUUUUUAUGUCACAUCUCAAACUGUACAAAAGACAAAAAAGCAGUGUUUUACCAUCUCCUCACGUAUCCGUAGUAACCUUGGAGCUAACCUUCCUUCUGUAAUCACACGACACAAGAACCUAACCUGUUUCUAACUGUGCAUUUUCACCACAAACUGCAAACUUUAAAAACAGUAUAACUUGGCCCGCGAUGCUAACAACGAGUUUUGUUGUACGCUGAUGUGCGGCAUUAAUUAAGCUUGCCCGGUUCCCGUGGACGGGAAAGGCCGGUCAUUGGGGCGUAAUACGCAGUUAUUCGAUUACGCUCGCUUUCUCGGCACCGUUGUACGCUUUUCUCCACUGGAAUUAUUCACGUGACCCUCAAUGUGAAGGCUUUUUUGAGUUUUACAUUAUGCAUGAAGGAUGCAUUAGAUUACCCUCAUCGUGCAAACCUUCUCAGAGAUGUUGUCAAUGCGCACACACGCGGUACAAUACCAUCAACACACACACACACACACACACUCUUCAUGUAGUGAGACGUCCACGAAGUGACCUGUUGCUGCUAGUAGUGAUUGGACGUUUGUGUAUCAUGGUGCUGGCUACACUCGUAUGGGUUUUAAAACAGGACAGUCUAUGCAUGUAGUAUGAGUCGACUGUACCUGUCUGAUUAAAGGGUCAGUUCACUACACUUGAACUGUAUGGUUAUAUGCAUCUCUGUCACUUGUAUCAAAUGAUGUAUUUUCCCCUGCAUCCCAUGGUUAUUGUUUUGCACCCACACUUUUGCAUUGUGUGCCAGUAAAGAGUGUGUGUAUGUGUUUUUUUUUUUUUUUUUUGUUUUUUUUGUACGCUAGCUGAAAUGACAACCGCGUGUCAUUUAGUCGUGUCUUGUGUGUAAGAGACCGUAGGAGUAUGUAUGCAUUCAGAAGAAUACCUGCAAACAGUGUUGUUUUUAUCAUUUUAAAUAAAUUGUUGCCUUCGCCUGACGCCCUUUGUUUUUUUUCCCCAUGUUGUCAUUGAUGAGCCUGCUCUAAAUGUGGCUCCGUCUAUGCAUUCUCUCAUACCUGUUUUUGUAAAACAAAAAGCCAAUAAAAUGGAAAGAGUGCAAGUA